GUGCGACUCUCGCUUGAGCAACAACGUCCGAUGGCAACGCCUGCCUUACUUCUUACGCUGCUGGUGGCAGCCUCGUCUGCCACUGCAACGGAACUGACCUCUCCUCGCACCAACGAAGUCUUUGAAACGUAUGGCUUGGAAACUUCUUUGAGAAGCAGCCUGUUCUCGACCUGCAUCAAGCAAGCAGCUUCGCUGACGGGGAGUCUAUGGAUGUUAGCCAUAGGAAAACAAAGCUUCACUCAGGUCACGAGCUCAAGUGCUCAGAAGAUUACAUGGCAGGUCGCUGACGCUGCCACGACUCUCAUCGGUUGUGCCCGGACCACCCUGGACGCUGCCAAACUGAUGUUCAAGUUCAAUGAUGGGUCGUGCAUGAUCGCCAUGAAUGGUUUCUAUGAUCCUGAGAAACAAGCAUGCGAUGGUGAGACGGUCUAUAUCGGCUAUGAUGGUGAGUAA